CUAAAAAUUCGGAAAAUAGCUUCUUCUCCUUAAACCCUUCACUGCUUCCCUCCCGCCUUCCAUGGCAGCUGAAAACCCCUUCUCUCUCUCUUGCUAACGACGAUUCUAGAGAGAGAAACUAUGUUUUUUCUACCGCCUCGUAAAUUUUUGCUCAGUCCUUCCUCGAAGAGUAGCAGAGUUAUUGCCAUGGGUUCCAAAAAUUUUCUGCUUCAGAAAUCGCCGGCUGCUCCGGCUACAUACGCCUGCUUACAUUCGCUCCAUGAUUCUUCUAAUUCUUCGCCGAGAACACUUCUUUUUGACUCAUACAGUCGGAAAUGCUCGAGGCUUUUUGCUAUUCCGAAGCAAUUGCAGCUGAAUUAUCUGAGGGCUAAUGGCUACAGUUAUACGCCCUAUGCUGCCAUGCCUAUUCCGAGACCGAUUUCUGAUGUCAAUGUUGAGACUCUGGAGAAGCAAUUCGUUGAUGAAAAGAAGCUGGUGAUGUUAAAGCAGAAGUUGCAGGAAAUUUGGUGGCCAUCAUUGUUGAGGGUGAAAUGGACAAGCUUGCUAUGGAAGAAGCGGGCUUCAAGAAUUGUGAACUGCCCACAGAAGAAAAGGACACGAAGUAUCAAUAUCUAUGGAACUGCAAAGAAUAUACUGAAAAGGGCAUCUCGCAUAAUUCUUGCAACUGAUGGUGAUCCUCCUGGUCAAGCCUUGGCAGAAGAACUUGCUUUGCUCCUGGGAAGAGAAAGGUGCUGGAGAAUCAAGUGGCCAAAAAAGAAUGAUACUGAAUAUUUUAAAGAUGCAAAUGAGGUGCUUAUGUAUAUGGGCCCUGAUGCACUGAAGGAUGUCAUUGAAAAUGCAGAGCUUUAUCCAAUAAGAGGGUUGUUUAAUUUUAGGGAUUACUUUGACGAGAUUAAUGACUAUUAUAACCAGUCUCUUGGUUUUGAGCUUGGUUUUUCAACAGGAUGGAAGGCCCUCAAUGAAUUAUACAAUGUUGUGCCUGGGGAAUUGACAAUUGUUACGGGAGUUCCAAAUUCAGGCAAGAGUGAAUGGAUCGAUGCUCUAUUAUGCAAUCUCAAUCAUAGUGUAGGCUGGAAAUUUGCACUAUGUUCAAUGGAAAAUCAGGUUAGGGAGCAUGGAAGAAAACUCUUGGAGAAACAUAUAAAAAAGCCUUUCUUCGAUGUUAGGUAUGGGGAACAUGUUGAGAGGAUGAGCACCGAGGAACUGGAGCGAGGAAAGAAAUGGCUCAGAGAUUCAUUUUCUCUAAUCAGGUGUGAGAACGAUUCCCUUCCAAGUAUACGCUGGGUUCUUGAACUUGCAAAAAUAGCAGUUCUACGCUAUGGGGUUAGUGGGCUCGUAAUUGAUCCAUACAAUGAACUGGAUCAUCAACGCCCUCCUAAUCAGACCGAGACUGAAUACGUGAGUCAGAUGCUGACCACAGUGAAGCGGUUUGCUCAGCAUCAUUCAUGUCAUGUUUGGUUUGUUGCUCAUCCAAGACAGUUGCAUAAUUGGAUUGGAGGCCCUGCAAACAUGCAUGACAUCAGUGGGAGCGCACACUUCAUAAACAAGUGCGACAAUGGAAUUGUUAUCCAUCGUAACAGGGACCCGGAUGCUGGCCCCAUGGACUUAGUUCAGGUUUGUGUGCGGAAAGUACGUAAUAAAGUAAUAGGAACCAUUGGAGACACCUAUUUGUCAUAUAACAGAUACAAACCUUCUCUAUUGAGUGGCGAAAAGCGUCUAUCGUGAUUAUGUGUUUCUGAUAACUGUGACAACGGCCUAUCAGGGUAACUGGUGAGUACGGGGAUAUUGAUGUGACGGACCUCCUAUCUAAGCGCAAGCGCGGUCCUUAAGGUUUGAGGUUCGGGCUCAGCGAGGAGCUCGAUAUUCAUUGUUGAAGGUAUUAUUGUUAAUCUAUGUUAUGCUUAUAUAUAUAUAUAUGGUUGAUUCCAGAUUUGCUAGCCAAUUUUGUGUAACGUAGAGCAGUAGGCUUGAGAUUGACAUCAUUAAUUUCUGUAUAUAUUUUGAUUACUAUUGGCUAAAUGAAGGAUGUUGAUAUUUGGAGUUUUC